UGUCGAUACUUAAAAGUAGCAGUAAGCAUGAAAGAGUGGUUGAAAAUUUCGAUACUGCUGUGUGUGUUCGGAUUCCUCAAGGAAAUUCGACCCUCGGAGCCCUUCAUUUACGAGUAUUUAAUUGGACCAUGGUGGAACAAUACCGAGGAGCAAGUAACGCAGCAAGUCUAUCCUGUCGGAACAUAUGCGCAAUUAGCGCAACUGGCAAUUGUUUUUUUGAUCACCGACUUAUGUCGGUACAAGCCAUUAAUUGUGCUUAUGGGACUGUCUGGAAUUACGGCUUGGGGGAUGUUGCUGUGGGGUAAAACGUUGUUCCACUUGCAAGUUCUUGAGGUCAUAUAUGGGACAUUUAUGGCCACCGAGGUAGCUUACUACACGUACAUAUACGCCAAGGUACCAAAAGAGUAUUAUUCACAAGUGACCGGGCAUACACGAGCAGCAAUUUUAGCUGGACGAUGUUUGUCGGGAGUAUUAGCUCAACUUUUAGUCACGUUAAGUUGGAUGGAUUACAGGGAAUUAAAUUAUAUUACAUUCUCCGUGAUGAUAGCUGCGUCAGUGUGGAGUAUAUCACUGCCAUCGGUGAAGAUGAGUAUCUACUUUCACCGCACGCCCGAAAAGGAACUACUUACAGCUAGAGAAAAAUACCAAAGCGCCUUCUCGCUCAUGAAAACCCACUUUGUGGAAUCAUUCAGCAACAGAUACGUGGCCAAGUGGUCAAUUUGGUGGGCAUUGGCUACGUGUGGAUUCGCAUUAGUGCAAUCGUACAUGCAACCGUUAUGGACCGUCAUCCACACGGAUCCGAACAGCGUCCUCCAUAACGGAUCGGUAGAAGCAGUACUGACGUUGAUCGGUUGCUUUGGCGCUCUAUCUAUAAGUUUUAUUAAGGCAGAUUGGAGUCAAAGAGGUGAAUUGGUUUUAUCACUUUGCUCAAUUUUAGCCGGUGCUCUUCUUAUUAUAAGUUCACAGACCAAUUAUAUCUUAGUAAGUUACGUUUGUUAUGUAGUUUUUGGAGGUUUGUACCACUUUAUGAUUACCAUUGCGUCUUCCGAAGUUGCGAAACACAUUCUGGAAGACAGUUACGGUUUGGUAUUCGGUUUGAAUACACUCAUCGCCUUAGUGCUGCAAACCAUUAUUACUGUGUGCUUAAUUUCCGGAGAUAUCGGAGUAGCGUUACCACCUAGGCCUUUGCACUUAGCAUUUGGUAUCUACCAUAUGGGUAUUGCAGUCAUUUUUAUAAUCAUUGGUAUUAUCGAUUGGCUAAAGAGUCAUGCGGAUAUUAAUAAAACAUACUGAGUUGAUAGAAACUCAUUAUCCAGUGACAGUUCCUCAUGUACUGAUCCUAUGCUUCAACCGACUUAAAGUAAGGCUCAGAUAGUAUCGAUUGCAUUUAUUCUAAAAGUAUUAAAUCUGUACCAAAAUCAAAUCUAGUUUGCUCGAGUUUGUAAAUUUUUUUGAAAUUAGCAGCGGCCUUAACUUGCACAGAUUGUAUACGUUUGUGGUACAUUCAUAUACCAAACUUCCAAAUCGAUAAAUCAUAGUCCCUAUUUUUUAUAAAAUUUUGAAGCAUUUUCCUUAGUCUUUACAUGGUCAGUGUGAUUUAAAAUGAACUUUGUGGUCACUACAUGCUAUUCUAUGAUAAUUCAGUGAAGUAAGACCUAUAGCUACUGAGUAUGAAAAAGAAACGACACAAAAAAGACAUGUACAUAUUUACAUAGAAAAUAAAUUUUAUUUUUAUAGAUGUUGGUACCAUAUUAUUUGUGAUAAUAUUCAAAGUGAUGUGUGUAGUUUAUGUAGGUAGAUAUUUAUAUUCAGGGUGUGUCAAAAGUAUCGGCACUUAGUGUAUAACAACUGUCCUUUCGCUUGCGGAGUUGAAUUUGAUUUAAUAAAUUAUUGUAAUUGUAAGGGUUCAUAUAAGUACCGUUUUUAAGAUAAAAAUUAUCAUACUUAUCAAAAGAGCAAUUUUUUCAAUCUUUUUGCAAUUCCAGUUUUAUAACGAUAUGAACCAGCUGUAAAAUUUUUCAAAAAUUGAUGAACUUUUUUCCUAUGGAAACUAUAUACAGGGUCACUAUUAAAGAUGGAACCAAAGCUCUCACGCUCCUGAGAUAUAGGCAUGAAGAUUAGUUCCUUUCCAUUUGAAAUUUCACAUAUUUUGAGAUUAAAAAAUUUUUUGGGACGUGGUUCUUGAGUACGACAUAGGCAACAUAGGUCAUGUGGUACGUCAUUUGAAAGAUUAUUUUUUUCUUUCUUACUAGGUACCUGAAACAUGUACAUGGGGAAAAGAAUACAGAAAAAUUAAGAAAAACCUUGCCGUAUACUUGGCUGGCUAAUGUAUUGCACUUUAAAUUGAGAUACCUUUAAAUUAACAGAACGUCAAAAAUUAACCAAAAAGCAACGAGCAGUUGUUUAAUAAGUGACAAAAACAUAGUACGCAUGGUUUUUUUAUACAACUAUUGUAUUAAGUGAGAAGUGGCUUUGGUUCCGUCCUAAAUAGCGACCCUGUAUAUUAAUUUCUUUCUCUUAAAAUAUCUUACUCAUACUUCUGAGACACUCCCCACACUUUGCCUAUGUAUCACUUGUUAGCUCUCUCACUAUGACAGUAUUUGAAUUUGCAGCUAGUAUGUUUUAAUUACGCUAAAGAAAGACCCACGUUGAUGGAGGGAAAAGAAUUGUGUCUAAAUCUGAGACAUGUUACAGUAUAGCACACACUGUAGAAACUACAAAUUAUCAAGCGUGAUUUUGUACUUUCCCCAAAGAAUCGUAUAAUGCCAAGUUUAAUACUGUUUUUGUUAACUGUUAAGUAUGUGAAUUAAGGUUGUAUUAUAUAAGUACUUAUGUUGAUUGUACCUCAUUGUGAUUAACUUGUUGUUUUACUACAUAAUUGAAUCAUCCUAAGCAAAAUAUAGUAUAUUAAUACUGUUAUGUUUUUGGACCCUUUUAUUUUAUAUUAAAUACGUUACGAUUC